AUGGCUCCUAUACUACGUGCAAGGAUGGACGGCAAAGAUCGUGGUCCUUGGCCUGCCCAGUUCAAGUUAGAGCUCCUCAAGCUGAUGAUUGCGAACAAAGAAGACUGGAAGUCAAAAGAUCGAGCUGAUCGGCGCGACUUUUUCGAAAUCGUCGCUUCACAAGCCAAGGCCGAGCUUGGCAGGGUCGUCGACGCGGAUGAUAUUAGAUCCAGGGUACACCUCACAAUGUGCGGUCCCCGUCGCAACUCCACGUUCAAGACAGACCCAGUGGGCGAGGCAGAGAUCAAGGUGGAUGAAUGGAACGUCAUCGUUGAUGACAACCCGCGUGUCGACAGCCCAAAAAAGCUUCAGCGGUUAGACGAGCGUUCGGUAAAGGCGUUGGCGAGAGCCUCCAUCAACUAUAUCCAGAAAGCCCGCGAGUCGUUGCUGCAUCCCUCCACUAGUCCCGAGAAGUGGCAGGACGCUGAGGUAUUGCUCGCCAUGCCUUUGGUGAUGGCAGCUCGAGACAAUGACAAGUCUCGUUUUAUCACGGCCAACCAACGUAACGAGGUCCUCUCAUGGACCAGGUCGACUCAGCGCACAGCUCUGUUAGACUUGAUACCGGCAAAAUCCCGGCGGCCAGUGAAAGCAAAGGAGACGUUGGCAUCGACAGUACAAGCGCAGGAAUUCACAAGUCUACCGGGGCAGACACAGAAUCUGAAAGAACCUGCUACCGAUCUGCCAAUUCGCCCGGUACAGUAUAUUCGCCCUACCACUCGGCCGGCUCCUACCAUCACCGUGGUGGACCUUACAAGCCCACCACCAUCGCCGACAGGUCACCCAAGGGUACAACCUCGCUCUAUUGCGCAAAAGUCGUCUGAAGACUCAGAUUCUGACUCAUCCGUCUCAAGCUCGAGCUCUAAAGACGACAAACCGAACCUGAUCAACAGCGAACCGAAUCUAAAAUCCACCUCCAUUCCCUCGCCUUUCACACUGACAAGCUUCCAACAGCACAAGCGCAAAGCAAGCAAUGAAUUGAAGGAGGAGGGUAACACCAAGAAGUCUAAGGCUUGGGAGAAAUUUGAGCCGCGCAAGCGUGAGAUCCAACAAAAGUUGAACUUUGCCAAACCUUCGACAGGUGCAAGUAUCAGCGCUGACGAGGUACUGGACCGCAAUAUCGCCUUGGGCGCACACAAGAAACCACCCAACGAGCCUGGAAGGCAGACGAAUAAAAACCAGAAUCGUGGCGGCACCCAAAAAAGCAACAAUGCCAAGAAGAAGAAAGCCAACAAAAAACGGCGCUUCAACCAGAAGAAAGUAUAA